AUGCAAUAGAAUAAGACAACUUUUUUAAGCCUCCCCAUUAAUACAUUAUUCAAAAUACUCUCCUUUCUACCCAUUAGAGAUAUUUAUAAACGCAUUGCUCGAUUGAACAAAAAGGCAAACAACAUUGUCUAAUAAUCAGGAUUCAUUUAAUCACUCCAAAGGCUAUACUUUGGCAGUUCCAUCUAAAACAUUUCUCUCUCCCAAGCCAAAUAGGUCGAAUUGCCCUUUAUUGGAUACGAAACUGAUGGGCAUUGUCCCAAUCCAGAACAAUGGAUUGAUUUACUCUUCAUGAAAACAUCCAACAGUUAAAUUAAACUUUAAAAUUGCAACUACAUUAAAGGGUGUCUUUCAAAAAAAAAUAAAGAGUUUAAAAAAAAGGUAUUGGAAUUCUUGGGACUUGUCAAAAAGUACUUGCCUCCCAAUACUUACGAGAAGUAGAAAUUUUAUGAAGUGCAAAUUGCCAAGAUCUAUGAAAUAAGCCAUGAAUUGAGUUAGAAAGUCAUUAAUAUUGCUUCCCAAGAGGAGAAAACAUAUGCAACUGAUAUCAUGAGUUUCUUUUGGAAUAGGAUACGCUAGAAUUAACAAUUAAUACAACGACGCGAUUUGUAAGUGCCAUUGUAACCUGAUUUCCAAGGCAUCAUCAAAGUCAUCAAAAUUGGUAUUGAAAAGAAUUAUACCAAAAUGGCCAAAGUGAUUCUCAUAAGUACCAAUGAAGUUAAGGAUAUCUCCAACAAAAGUGUUCUGAGAACCAAUAUGCCAGAGUACAAGUUAGUUGCUAAAUAAUAUUCAACAAGAGAGCAAUUCAAGUUUGGCUAUUGCAUCUUUGAAAAAAAUUAAGGAGUUGUUGCAUUGAUAGAUCUUAAAGACGAAACACAAAUUGAAUUGAAAUUCUACAAUCACGAAACCUAAAUUGUUUCUACUCUAUCAGUUUUCAUCUUAGAUUUCAAACAAUCUAAUGAAGGAUAACUUGGAUAGGCAUUUUAAUACAUAGUAGCCUCAGGAUAUCUAUUAGUGUAAUGA